AUGGCUUCUUUCUCUACCAUUCCUUCAAGCUCCACACCAUCCAUCAACAAGGUACAGAAGGAUGUGGGUUUCUCUGCUUUUUCUUCACAACCAUCAUUUUUCAUUCAAAUUUCCGAGAAAAGAGUUUCCAGGAAAAUCGUAUCACUCAUGGCACCACAGCAAUCUGAACGGAGGCCCCCUUCCACUGGCUCAGUCAAGACUGCGAUGACGAUGACAGAGAAGAUCUUUGCCAGGGCUUGUGAGAAGCCCCAGGUGAGUCCUGGUGAGAACGUUUGGGUCAAUGUUGAUGUUUUGAUGACGCAUGACGUUAGUGGACCUGGUGCAAUCGGUAUCUUCAAGAGAGAAUUCGGCAAAAAUGCAAAGAUUUGGGAUCGCGAAAAGGUUGUCAUUAUACCUGACCACUACAUCUUCACCGCUGAUGAACGAGCAAAUCGUAAUGUGGAUACCUUAAGGGAUUUCUGCACUGAGCAAAGUAUUAAGUAUUUCUAUGACAUAAAGGAUCUGGGCAAUUUCAGGGUUAAUCCAGACUAUAAAGGUGUAUGCCAUAUUGCUCUUGCCCAAGAAGGUCAUUGCAGACCUGGAGAGGUGCUGCUAGGUACAGACUCUCACACAUGUACUGCAGGAGCAUUUGGCCAGUUUGCUACUGGAAUCGGAAAUACUGAUGCUGGUUUUGUCUUGGGGACUGGAAAGCUUUUGCUUAAGGUGCCUCCAACUCUGAGAUUUGUGAUAGAUGGUGAAAUGCCGGAUUAUUUGCUUGCAAAGGAUUUGAUUUUGCAAAUUAUUGGUGAAAUAUCUGUGUCCGGUGCAACAUAUAAAUCGAUGGAGUUUGUUGGUACUACUGUUGAAAGUUUAACUAUGGAAGAAAGAAUGACACUAUGCAAUAUGGUUAUCGAAGCUGGAGGGAAGAACGGAAUUGUCCCAGCUGAUAGUACUACAGAUAAGUACCUUGAGGGCAAAACAUAUGUGCCUUAUGCACCAGUUUAUAGUGACACACAAGCAAGAUUUCUUUCGGAGUAUAGAUUUGAUAUCUCAAAGUUGGAGCCAUUGGUAGCAAAGCCUCAUUCUCCUGAUAAUUGUGCUUUAGCACGAGAAUGCAAAGAUGUGAAAAUUGACAGAGUAUAUAUUGGAUCUUGUACUGGUGGAAAAACAGAGGAUUUCUUUGCUGCAGCCAAAGUUUUUCUUGCUUCAGGUAAAAAAGUCAAAGUUCCCACAUUCCUUGUGCCUGCUACACAAAAGGUGUGGAUGGACGUAUAUAGCCUCCCAGUGCCAGGUUCUGGUGGCAAGACUUGCUCGCAGAUAUUUGAAGAAGCUGGUUGUGAUACACCUGCAAGUCCUACCUGUGGUGCUUGUAUGGGUGGCCCUAAAGACACUUAUGCACGGUUGAAUGAACCUCAGGUGUGGAUGGACGUAUAUGGCCUCCCAGUGCCAGGUUCUGGUGGCAAGACUUGCUCGCAGAUAUUUGAAGAAGCUGGUUGUGAUACACCUGCAAGUCCUACCUGUGGUGCUUGUAUGGGUGGCCCUAAAGACACUUAUGCACGGUUGAAUGAACCUCAGGCAAGUUUUAUACUUUUUUUUUCCAAUCCAAAUACGAAUUAACUGAACAUGAAAAUAAUGACAGCAUCUAUGUUGUGAGUUGGACUGCACAUCUUCCCUCUAGUUCACUCCUGAAUAUCAUUAUUUCAUGUGUAAAAAACUGUUCCAAUGUAUGAGCUGAUUCUUACAAAGUAUACAACACUGCUUGUUUUCAGAAAACAGGAUUUGGCCAUAUCAUGUUUUGGGUGUGAUUUUGUUGUCUGUUGUAGGCUCUCCAUAAAUGAUGCACCUUAGCUAUCCGUUGUCUGGACUGGCAGCUAGUUUUUCAAUCCCCUACAUUAUAGAGUUCAUGCACCUAUUCUUUUUCCUAUUGCAGGAUU